GCCAUGUCUGUGAGGGUGCGGUUCCUGUCCUCGGGGGAUGCAGGGGCCGUGGGGGUCGUGGGCCGGAGCGCCUCCUUUGCAGGCUUCAGCAGCGCACAGAGCCGCAGGAUCGCAAAGUCCAUCCAGAGGAACUCAGUGAGGUCUCGAGUACCUGCAAAACCAUCCAGGAUGUACGGCACGCUGCGGAAGGGCUCUGUCUGCCUGGACUCCAAGACGCAGCAAGUGAAGAAGGUCUUCGAAGCUCUGAAGAGAGGUCUCAAGGAGUACCUGUACGCCCAGCAGGCCGAGCUGGAUUACCUGUCAGGACGCCACAAGGACACCCACAGGAAUUCCCGGCUGGCUUUCUACUACGACCUGGACAAGCAAACGCGCUCUGUGGAAAGGCACAUUCGGAAGAUGGAAUUUCACAUCAGCAAGGUGGACGAACUCUACGAGGGCUACUGCAUCCAGUGCCGCCUGCGAGACGGCGCCUCCAACAUGCAGCGCGCCUUCUCCAGGGGCCCCCCGAGCCGCGCCUCCCGGGAGAGCCUGCAGGAGCUGGGCCGCAGCCUGCAGGAGUGCACCGAGGACAUGUGGCUCAUAGAGGGGGCCCUGGAGGUCCACCUGGGCGAGUUCCACGUCAGGAUGAAAGGCUUGGUGGGCUACGCACGCCUCUGUCCAGGAGACCAGUAUGAGGUGCUCAUGCGCCUGGGCCGCCAGCGCUGGAGGCUGAAGGGCCGGAUCGAGUCAGAUGACAGUCAGACCUGGGAUGAGGAGGAGAAGGCCUUCACCCCCGCCCUGCACGAGAACUUCGAGAUCAAGGUGACAGAGCUGCGUGGCCUGAGCUCGCUGGCCGUGGGCGCAGUGACGUGUGACAUCACCGACUUCUUCACGACCCGGCCGCAGGUCAUCAUGGUGGACAUCACAGAGCUGGGCACCAUCAAGCUGCAGCUGGAGGUGCUGUGGAACCCGCUUGAUACUGAGAGUUUCUUGGUGUCACCCAGCCCCACGGUCAAGUUCUCUGUGGGCAGCAGGAAGGGCUCCUUGUACAACUGGACACCCCCGAGCACCCCCAGCUUCCGGGAGCGGUACUACCUGUCUGUCCUGCAGCAGCCAGCGCGGCAGGCCUUGCUGCUGGGCGGCGCGAGGGCCACCUCCAUCCUCAGCUACCUGUCCGACAGCGACCUUCGGGGCCCUAGCCUGUGCAGCCGGAGUCAGGAGCUACCUGAGAUGGACUCCUUCAGCUCUGAGGACCCCCGAGACACGGAGACCAGCACGUCAGCGUCCACCUCGGAUGUGGGGUUCCUGCCCUCAGCCAUUGGCCCCAGUGCCCCCCUGGGAGAGGCCCAGGAGGACCCCCCAGCCCUGGGCCUCCUGCCAGACAUGGCCCACCUGGCAGCAGGCUCGUUUGUGGAGCAGCCUGGCUGGAGGAAUUUGGGAGUGGAGCGCCCCGGCCUACCGCAGGGCUCCCCGCCCCACAGCUGUACGGUGCCGGGCAGCCAGGAAGACCACGAUGAAGGAGAAGCAGGGGACAGAGUGGACGGGCCCGGGGUGAACCCCGAGAGGCCCCUGCAGGAGGUCCUGGAUUUGCUGAGGUGCACAGGCCCCUCCCAGCCCCGGCUCCGGGAGCUGGAGUACCAAGUCCUCAGCUUCAGGGACCGGCUGAAGCCCCGCGGAGGCCGCCGGGAGCACAGCUCGGCGGAGAGCCUGAUGGAGUGCAUCCUGGAGAGCUUCGCCUUCCUCAACGCCGACUUCGCCCCUCACGAGCUGUCCCUUUUUGGGGGCCCCCAGGGUCCCCGAAAGGACAGGACCCUGCCCCCACCACCGUCCCUGAAAGAGUCAUCCAGGGAGCUCACGGCUGGCGCCCCUGAGCUGGACAUGCUGCUCACAGUCCACCUCCAAGUCUGCAAGGCUCUGCUGCAGAAACUGGCCUCCCCCAACGUGUCGAGGAUGGUUCAGGAAUGCCUUCUGGAAGAAGCUGCGCAGCAAAAGCAGGUUCUGGAGACUCUUUCUAUGCUUGAUUUUGAGAAGGUCAGCAAGGCGACGUCCGUUGAAGAGAUCCUCCCGCAGGCCGCACGGAGGAAGGGCUGCCUGAAGCUGUGGAGACGGUGCACCGUGCCCGGCGGGGUCCUGGCCUGCCCCGCCGCGACGCUACUGAACCAGCUCAAGAAAACGUUCCUGCACAGAGUCAGGGGGAAGUACCCGGGACAACUGGAAAUAGCGUGCCGCAGGCUCCUGGAGCAGGUGGUCAGCUGCGGCGGGCUGCUCCCUGGAGCCGGCCUCCCUGAGGAACAGACUGUCACCUGGUUCCAGUUUCACAGCUACCUGCAGAGGCAGAGUGUCUCGGACCUGGAGAAGCACUUUGCCCAGCUCACCAAGGAAGUAACGCUGGUCGAGGAGCUGCAGUGCGCGGGGCAGGCCAAGGUGGUCAGGAAGCUGCAGGGGAAGCGGCUGGGCCAGCUCCAGCCCCUGCCCCAGACGCUGAGGGCCUGGGCGCUGCUCCAGCUGGAUGGGACUCCGAGGGCGUGCAGGGCGGCCAGCGCUGCCCUGGCCGGCGCAGCCAAGAACAAGAGCUUUCGGGAGAAGGCUUUGCUUUUCUACACCAAUGCCCUGACCGAGGAUGACGCAAAACUCCAGCGAGCUGCGUGCAUGGCGCUGAAACAUCUCAGGGGCGUCGAAAGCAUCGAUCAGAUCGCCAGCCUGUGCCAAUCUGACCUGGAGGUCGUGCGAGCGGCAGCCCGGGAGGCCACGCUGUCCUUCGGCGAAAAAGGGCGCUUCGCUUUUGAGAAGAUGGACAAACUUUACUCAGAACAAAGAGAAGCAGCCUUUUGCCAGGAGGCAGAUGUUGAAAUCACAAUAUUUUAAAGAGCCUCAGCGGAUGAACUCAAACCUGGCAUCUGUUUCUGCUGCUGUGGUCUCGACACGGGACAGAGCUGUGGAUGGGGCAUGCUGUGCGCUCCCCUCCAGCGUACGCCGUCCACAGCCGGAC